GUCUACUCUACUACCAAUGGCCUCGCAACCCCUGAAAAAUGGCCUGACAAACGGCUCCGCGCACCCCAAGAAGCAGUACCGCGAUGCCGCCGAAGAACGACGAUGCGAACAGCACGAAGCGGAUAUAGUGAUCAUUGGCGCCGGAAUCGCGGGCUGUUCUCUCGCUGUCGCGCUCGGAAACCAAGGGAGAAGUGUCCUCCUGCUUGAGAAAUCGCUCAAGGAACCCGAUCGCAUCGUCGGCGAACUCCUCCAGCCGGGUGGCGUCCUCGCCCUGGAAAAACUUGGAUUGAGGCAUUGCCUGGAGGAUAUUGAUGCUGUCAAGGUGCUGGGAUAUAACGUGAUUUAUCAUGGAGUGCCGGUGCGGAUCGAUUUCCCGAUGGAUUCGAACGAGAAGCUGUUUGAGGGGAGAAGUUUCCAUCACGGCAGAUUUAUCAUGAAGCUACGUGAAGCAGCGAUGUCCACUCCGAAUGUCACCGUGGUGGAGACCAAGGCUGUUUCGUUGGUCAAAUCGACUCAUGGAGAGGGUGUGCUGGGCGUUGAAUGCCUAACGAACGGGAAGAAGGAUUUCUUUUUCGCUCCCCUGACUGUGGUUGCGGACGGAUACAAUUCGGCUUUUAGGAAAGAGUUCCUCCCGCACGCUCCUCGAGUAAAGUCAAAGUUCUGGGGACUUGAGCUUAUCGAUGCCGACCUCCCCAUGCCUUGCUAUGGCCAUGUCGUCCUGAGUGACAGCCCACCCAUCCUCCUAUACCAGAUCGGAACCCACGAGACACGGGCUUUGGUGGACAUACCAGAAAAUCUGCCAUCAGCAUCUGUGAAGAAUGGUGGAGUUAAAGGUCACUUGCGAAACACCGUUCUACCGUCAUUACCCAAGAGCAUUCAGCCGUCCUUUGCCGCAGCGAUUGAUCGAGGCGGUCUCAGAUCCAUGCCCAACUCUUUUCUUCCUCCUGCAACCAACAAGACACCAGGCCUUAUGUUCUUGGGAGACUCGCUCAAUAUGCGUCACCCAUUGACUGGCGGUGGCAUGACAGUUGCGUUCAACGACAUAGUCGCCCUGCGAGUGCUACUCAGCCCGGAGACUGUUCCCAACUUUUCCGAUACGAACCUAGUUCUGAAGCAAUUGUCGAAAUUCCACUGGAAGCGAAAGGACUCGUCUUCUGCAAUAAACAUUCUAGCUCAAUCAUUAUACGCCCUCUUCGCUGCUGGUAACUCUGACCUGAAAGUCCUUCAACGCGGCUGCUUCCGCUACUUUCAGCUGGGCAUCCUCGAUGGCCCCAUUGGUCUAUUGUCAGGACUGGUUCACCGGCCCCUUGUUCUCUUCCGCCACUUCUACUCCGUCGCGUUUCUCUCUAUAUGGCUCCUGCUGCGCAGCGCACCGCCAUACAUGCUUCCCUUAACGAUUUUUCAAUGCAUUUCGGUAUUCAUUACGGCGUGCAGAGUGAUUCUCCCAUUCAUUUUUGCGGAGUUAAAGAAUUAAGACGUAUACACUGGGUAUGAUUUACGUGGGGAACCUGUUACCGGAGUUUCGUAAACCCCCCUCCCCAAUAUCUCCGUUCUUGUGUUUCGACUUUCAGCGUCUAUCUCCUUUAUUAAUAUGUCUUCUAUAUGUUGUUCUUUAUUCUUUGUUCUCUUUUCUUUUUUUCUCCUUUUUUCUUUUUUUUUUUUUUAAGGGGAGGAAGGAGUAUUUACAUCCACUCUGGGUAUUCUUUAUUUUUUGACACGUUGACCCGAUUAAACACUUAUCUAAUGACCCAAUGCUUCGAAUUUUCUGCCACAUGUGUUAUAUUAUGCUUUUAGUCGCAUCUGUACCCCUCCUGAACGUACCGAAUAGCAUCAGGGUUGCUGUUGUAAUAGCUACUGAUCUUUUUAUUUUCUCAUCAUCCUAUUUUUCAUAUUUCUAUACUAGUAUAGAUUUUUUGAACUAGAAUCUAAUUCAUUAGACAUGACGUCCCAGUUGCAUCGUCGUCUGUAUUCAUACCUAUUUACAUACAAGAUAAAUAUCCCUUAUCCCCAAAUAUUCUUUUUUCGCCCACUGUGAUGUGAUCAUUUCAGAUACACAUGGAAAUAUCUAAUACGAGAUCAGGCCCAUUGUUGAAAAAACAAAUAAAAGAAAAAAUGGGCAAGUCAAGAGAGACGGGGCAACGCAACGAUCAAUAGACGGCUUCCAUGAUUAACCAGAGUAGAACAAAGCUAAGGAAAGAGAAAAUUCUUAAUGCCCAGCCGGUAUUUUGUAUUCAAAUCAUGGAGCAAAGGACAAAAAAAAACCCCCACAACUAUGCCACAAAGUCCCUCCGGACACAAAUUUUACCCUCAAAAAAGCUGAAGGAAGAACCUGUAAAACGAGAGCCAUCCGGGGACGAGUAAGCAAGCAACUAAGCAAGACAACAGAGUAACUUAGCGCUCCCGCCCCCGUGCCCCCAGUUUAAAUAAAGUCCCGCUCGUGAUAAACCACCAAACAAGGCUGCAGGUGUAGCAAGAAAAGCCAAAAAGAGAAACGCCACCUGAUGUAAAUCUUUAUACUUGCACAUUUUGAGAAUGAAAAAUUUAAACAAGAAGCAAACACUCAUGGGGGAAUAGAAGGCCAUGCAAUUCUUUAUACCAUCAAUCAGAAUGAACCCCAAGCCAAACAUAACAAAAAGGCAGUAAAAAAAGACAUUUAAAAAGGCACAGACUGGGGUACGGGUGGGUAUUCAACAUAAUAUGAAAAUUUUCCACAUACAACGCAGGACCCAAAGCAAGAACAACAAGGCACUCAUGAAACAGAAACAGUAACUGGCACACAACAUCAUCAAGACAUCCAUCGGUCUGGAUUUCAGAGGACCAUGGAAAAAGGCAAAGACUGAGGCAGGCGUGAACACAUUCCCAACGUAAUAAACAUCAUCGGAUAAGGCAGAAGUUAGGAUGUCGAGAUUGGAGCUCUCUCGAGACUGUGUAACGGAGUCAAAAUCCCCAAGCUUUUCAAACAUCAAAUAUAGGAACUUCUCCACCUAAAAAGCAGCUUGAAUGACGUAAAGCGUCGGGUGGGCUCAAGAGUGGCUCUCCACCUUGCUCUAGCAGCCCGUAGCGUGCAUGGAAGGACACAUGGUCCGUCACCUAGAAGCCCUGAGAACUUGGGGAAUUAAAUGCCAUCUUUUGACAACUCCUGUACCGAAUACCUUAUCAUUUUGAACUGUCAAAACAGGAUUCACUUCCACGAUUCAGUAGAUCACCUAUCCGGCUUUGUAUGGAUUGCAUGGCGCAUAUUGAAGUUGCAUACGGCGUACUUGGCGUGUAACUUCGGCAUCAUUGUGGCCUCCCUCGCAAUACUACGCUUUUGCGGAUACCCUCGUCUUUCAGCCCCCCUUUCUCUCAGAUUCAUCGAUAGGAAUGGGUUCCGGCCGAGCCGUGCCGUCGUUUUGUUCCGCUGAAAGCUUUGGUCCUUUCUUGUUUCUCCGUUUUGUGGUUUGCCAGCCAUUUGAACUCGAAUGAUGACCGUUGGCAUUUGAAUGCAAGUGGUGGCCACCAUUGGAUUUUCGGUAGUGAUCGCCUUGUUUCUCUUUAUGGUCACUGACG